CUAAUUUUUUGUACAGUAAUUAGUUAUAUGACUAAUGUAUUACAGAAUAUUGUUAAAUAUAUAUCAACUUUGCAAUUGUAAAUUGUUAUUUAUUAUCAUAUUAUGUGUUUAAAAUUUUAAAUAACUGAAACCAUUUAUUAUUAGUGUUCAAAUUAUUUUUUUAAAAAUAUAAUAAAUUAGUAUAUUAUUGCAAAAUGGGUCAAAUAAUUAACGGCAGUUUAGUAAUCGUUGGUUUAUUGCUUAUAAUAGUCGGCGGCGUUAUUCUCGGCAUUUUCCCAACCAUUUUGAAACAAAAAGUUUCAGAAGAAAUGGCAAUACUGAAGGAUACGGAUGCGUUUGACCGAUGGAAAGAAACACCGGUUCCCGUAUACAUGAAAUACAAUUUUUUUAUUCUCGAUAAUUCAGACAACUAUAACAGUUUAAAUGAUAUUGUAUUGAAAGAAAAGGGACCCUAUGUUUACAAAGAAACACGAAUUAAACAAAAUAUAAGUAUUAGUCUCGAUUGGGAACACAUAUCUUAUAGAGAAAAGAAGACCUACGAGUUUGUACCGGAAAAGUCGUGUCAAAAAUGUAAAGAAGAAGAUUAUGUUAAUGUCAUUAAUUUUCCGCUAUUAGGCAUUUUAUUUAAUGAAAAGUUUAAGACUUUUCGAACCACUAUUAAUGAUACCUAUACUAAAGCUGCUAAAAACAAUACAUUAAAACCAUAUGAAUUGGAAAUAUUUCUUAAUGAAAGCGUUCAAAACAUAUUAUUCAAAGGAGUUCAUUAUAAUCUUAUGGAUGAAUUAAAUAAUAAUCUUCUGAUACCUUUUAAACUGCCACUACUUGAUCCUAAUUACAGAAUAAAUGAUAAUUACACCGUUUUGGAGGAAGAGUGGACAAUAAACACCGGUAAAAAUGAUCUGAAAAAGUUGGCACAAAUUGAACGAUUUGAUUACAAGACAUCUCUUAUCAAUGAUGAUAUGAAAACUUAUAUUUGGAACUCUAAUCCCGAAGAUGUUUUGGAUUCAGAAGAUUGUAAUAAAUUGAGGGGAACUGAUGCUGAACUGUUCAAACCAUUUAUUGAUAAAGACGAUGUUUUAUAUGUUUAUGAACCACAGAUUUGCAGAACUGUUUACUUCAAGUACUGGAAAGAGAGUUCAGUGCAGGACAUCGAUACCUAUCGGUUCAGAAUUCCUCAAGAAUAUUAUGCCUCACCAUUGAAAGUGAAGGGAAAUAUGUGUUAUUGUAUUAAAGAACGGAAAGAUAAUAAAGAGUGUGACCGGAGCUGUACACUUGACAUUUCCCGGUGUUGGCGUCGAUCAAUUGGUGCCCCCAUUAUUAUGUCGGCUCCCUAUUGGGUUAAUGGCUUACAUAAUGGUGAAGAUCUACGCAAACAAGUGGGUAACAAAGGUUUGACAUCCAAACUCGAGUAUAAUGACGAAAAUUUCGAUACAUAUCUUGAUAUUGAACCGUUGACUGGUAUAACAAUGGCAGCGCAUAAACGUAUGCAAAUGAGUAUUGAAGUGAAAGGAACGGAUUCAAUACCCUUAUUAAAAAAGCUGUUUGACUCAAAAGCUAAUCAGUCGUACAUAAUCCCUGUCUUUUGGAUUGAAGAGGUUGCCGAAGCUGAUGAAAGUCAAGCCGACAAAUUCAAGUCAAUGGUGACCAACAAGAAAAAACUGGCCAUCGGACUGUCCAUUGCGGCCAUUGUUUUAGGUGUUAUAUUGCUUAUCAUAGCAAUUGUAUUGAUGUAUAGACAGCGUAGAACCGGCAAAAAAAUUGUGUGAUAUAAUA